AUGAGUAACUCAAAGGAGCCAUUGGCAUUAUAUAUUUUGGCUGUGCGACAAAAACGGCAUAAUGAUGCAGUUCAGGUUCUUACUGAUGUUAUCAAUACGACAACAGAUAAAAAUGAUUUAUUAGAAUAUCUCCAAUCACGUAUUGAAUCAGCAUAUUGUGAUGAAAAUUAUAAUCAAAUUUUGAAGGAUUGUAAAGAACUACAAAAUUUGGGCUUUCAUUUUGACGAAAACAAGCAACUACUUCCUAUUCUUUUUGAAGCAAAGUAUCGAGUUGGAUCACAAAAAACCAUUGAAGAAUUAAAGCAAACAGCAACAAAAUUUGGUCUCGAUUUAAUGUUAACCCGGGCGAAUAGGUUAGAAGUAUUCAACUUGGAAGUUUUAUUUGAAAAGUUUUAA